CAAUUUUUUUACUCUAUUUGUUUCUCCUUUUCCCCCGAAAUAUUCUCAUAAUUUCUUCCCCCGAAAUAUUCUCUUAAUUUCUCAUCCUCCCAUUUCAUUCUUUUCUGUUUCUAACAAACUAUGAAGUUCUGGAAAAUCUUAAGCUACUUAAUCUUGCAAACUCUUCCUGAUUGGCGCGACAAAUUUCUUUCUUACAAAGAUCUUAAGAAACAAUUGAAGCUUAUUUACCCCAUUAAUGGCGAUCAUGAUUCUUCUAAGCCUCUCAAACGACCUAAACUCACUACCGAAGAUCAAAAUAGUGACUCCGUUUUGAAUGAAGUCAAUAAUUUUAUCGCUCUUUUAGAGGCUGAAAUAGAUAAAUUUAACACAUUUGUUGUUGAAAAGGAAGAAGAGUAUGUUAUUCGAUGGAAAGAGCUACAAGACAGGUUGGCAGAGGCUAGGCACUCGAAUGAGGAGCUGAUGAGAGUUGGAAGGGAGGUUGUAGAUUUUCAUGGAGAAAUGGUUCUGUUGGAGAACUACAGUGCCCUAAACUAUACAGGUUUAGUGAAGAUACUAAAGAAGUACGACAAGCGUAGUGGUAGUCUAAUACGCUUGCCCUUCAUCCAAAAGGUUUUGCAAGAGCCAUUCUACACAAAUGACACCAUCUCCAAGCUUGUAAAAGAAUGUGAAGCUACACUAGAUCGUCUUUUCUCUCAAAACGAGCCACAAGACUCAUCCCUAAAAACCGUAACCAUCUCAAACGAAGCUUCUGCGUCAGACGCUGGUAACGGAAGCAAAGAAAGCCUGCUUACCGAUAAAGACUUGCCUGAAAUCGAGCAUAUGGAGAAUAUGUACAUGAAACUUACUCUCUCGGCUUUACGAGCCUUAAAAGAAAUCCGGAGUGGAAGCUCUACAGUGAAUGCAUUUUCAUUGCCCCCAUUGGACAGUAGCACGUUGGAGGACGAAACUUGGAAGAAAAUUCCCUUCAUAGAGCAAGCUGCCAAGUAGGGCAAGCCGGACUGCCGGAGCACUCCACUCUAGACCGCCACACUGCUUGAUUCACCUGACCUUUUUUCUUUUUGCGUCCGCGUUUUGAUUCGAAAUUUUCACUAAGGGUUUGCGCGAGUAGAAAACUUUCACUAUAAAUGUUUCAUGUACCAUAAGCCCAUUGACACUUUAAGGUUUCAUCCAAAAGGGUGUAUAAAAAGUAUCUGAAGAUGUUCAUUUUGCUACAUUUUGAUCGUUA